AUGAGCAGGCCAGAACACCUCGCCCCCCCGGAAAUCUUCUACGGCGAUGUCGAGGCGUCAAAGUACACGGCAAACACGCGCGUGCAGACGAUCCAGGCAGAAAUGACGGAGCGCGCGCUCGAGCUCCUGAUGCUGCCCGAGCACCGCAAGCCGGCGCUGCUCCUCGACAUUGGCUGCGGCUCGGGCCUCUCGGGUGAGAUCCUCACCGACCACGGCCACGAGUGGGUGGGCAUGGACAUCUCGCCCUCGAUGCUCGAGGUCGCACUUGAGAGGGACACCGAGGGCGACAUCAUGCUCGCAGACGUGGGCCAGGGAUGCGGAUUCAGAGCCGGCAGCUUUGACGGCGCAAUCAGCAUAUCGGUCCUCCAGUGGCUCUGCAACGCCGACUCGACGGCCCACUCGCCCGCCGCCCGCCUCGCCACCUUUUUCCAGACCCUCUACUCGUCCCUCUCGCGCGGCUCGCGCGCCGUCUUCCAGUUCUACCCGGAAAACGACGAGCAGGUCACCUUCAUCAUGUCGUUUGCCACAAAAGCCGGCUUCGGCGGCGGCCUGGUCGUCGACUUCCCCAACUCGCGCAAGGCCAAGAAAUUCUACCUCGUCCUCUGGGUCGGCGGCGAGAUGAGCGUCGGUCCCAACGGCCAGGUGGCCAAACAGGAGCUGCCACAGGGUCUCGUGCAUGAUCACGAGGAUGGCGGCAGCGGCACGGCAACCGGAGCGAAGGUCAAGUACGAGACGAGGAGGUCGGACAAGGCGCGCAAGGGCAAGAAGAAAAAGAGCGGCGAGACGACAAAGGAGUACAUCCUGCGCAAAAAGGAACUCAACAAGCUCCGCGGAAAGGACGUGCCCCACGACUCCAAGUACACGGGCCGGAAGCGCAAGGGCGGCUUCUGA